AUGGAACUCAUUGUAUCGAUGGUCGAGAUGGCCAAGCUCCUUGUCAACCGCGACCCCCGCCUCUCUAUCACCAUCCUCAUCAUGAAGCUUCCAAUCGACUCCGAAGUCGACUCUUACACAAGCUCACUUGCCACCUCCAUGGCUGCCGCCCGCAUCCGCUUCAUCCACCUCCCGCAUGUGAACUUAGACACCAAGAUCUCCUCGGGCAAAUUCUUCAGCGACUUCAUGGAAAGCAACAAGCCCCACAUCAAGCGGGCUAUCGCCGACCUCACUGACUUGGCUGCCUCGACCUGGCGGCUUGCGGGAUUCGUGAUUGACAUGUUCUGCACCACCAUGAUCGAGCUGGCAGACGAAAUUGGAGUCCCGUCCUAUGUCUACUUCAUGUCCAGCGCCGCGUUCCUUGGGCUAAUGCUGCACCUCCAAUCGCUCCAAGACGAGCAACACGUGGACAUAACUGAAUUCAAGGACUCAGCUGCUGAGCUGGACAUCCCAAGUUUCGAGCACACGUUGCCGGCCAAGGUCUUACCGUCCGCGGUUCUGUUUAAAGAGGAGGUCCGACCAUUCCUGGAGCACGCCAAGAGGAUUAGAAAGAUCAAGGGAAUUAUCAUCAACACCUUCGACGAGCUCGAACCACAUGCACUGGGGUCCUUGGCGGCCCUUGGGGCGCCGAUGGUGUACCCCGUAGGGCCCAUAUUGAAUUUGAAGGGGGAGACUAAAGCGAAGGCUGAUGGUGGCGGCCGAGGCAACGAUAUCAUGGAGUGGCUCAACGAGCAACCGCCUUCAUCAGUGGUUUUCUUAUGCUUCGGGAGUGCGGGGAGCUUCCGCGAGGACCAGGUGAAGGAGACAACCUACGCGCUGGAGCGGAGUGGGCACCACUUCCUAUGGUCCCUACGACAGCCGCCGCCGAAGGGCAAGUAUGAUCUACCACGUGACUACACGGACCCCAUGGAGGUCUUGCCGGAGGGGUUCCUUGACCGGACGGCCAGUGUUGGGAAAGUGAUUGGGUGGGCCCCACAGGCUGCAGCCCUUGCCCACCCAGCGAUUGGGGUUUUCAUUUCGCACUGCGGAUGGAACUCCACCUUAGAGAGCAUUUGGUUCGGCGUGGUGGUGGCCACGUGGCCUCUAUAUGCAGAGCAACAAUUUAAUGCGUUCGAGCUGGUGGUGGAGCCAGGCCUUGCGGUGGAGAUCAAGAUGGACUAUAGGAGCUAGGCCUUGAUAGCCUCCUCAACUUGAUGGAACAACUCGGCUUUGCAAUGCUUGCUCGGGAUUUGAACCAAUGGACUUUUGAUUCAUUUUUUGCUCGUGUGAGC